UAUGGCUUAAAAUUUUCAUAGCAAUCUACCAAAAGACUUUGAAGCAUUCCUUCAUGAAGUCAAAUCUGUGGUUUAAGCAAGACAAUAAACAUUAAAUGAAAGUAUUCAAUAAGAAUAGAAGAAGUGUAUUGAAGGAAAGAAAGAAUAAGACUUUUUGAAGUGUUAAACUAAAUUAGCAAAGAAAUUAGAAAAGAAUGAAGCAUUAUUUUGUAUAUCCACAUGAUUUAUCAAAGAAUUUAAGAUGAUAUAUUGGAGAGAAACAUCAGUCUAAUGUUUUAAGACAUAAGAAUAAAAAGGUGCAGGAACUGAUCAAUGUAAGGCUGAUUCUAAGAAAUUAUUGGAGACUAUCUUUGAUUCCUUUAAAUUAUGAA